UCCCACCACUAUUUACCACUAAACUCACCGAUUUCUUUUUUAUUUUAUUUUCAACAUUCCACCAAUUCACACAUGCAUCCCCAUCAUUCAAAUUUCAACCUUACUACCAAACCAUCCCAAUAUAAAUUCCCCAAAACUCGGUCAGGCCAAAAUCCACGUACCUUAAUUUCGCCCAUCAAAAAACCAAACACAAAAAUCCAGAGUAAACACCUUAAUUCAAGAAGCUAUGGGGAACACCAUAGGAAGGAGUAGAAAGGCCAAGGUCAUGAAGGUCGAUGGAGAAACGUUGAAGUUCAAAACUCCGGCCAGAGCCAACGACGUCGUCAAGGACUACCCCGGCCACGUUCUGCUCGACUCCGAAGCGGUCAAACAUUUCGGCCUUCGGGCCAAGCCCCUUGAGCCUCACCACGAAUUGAAGCCCAGGAAAAUCUACUUCCUCGUCGAAUUACCCAAGAUUCAACCCGAAGACGAUAAAACGGCGCUGCACAGGAGGGUGCGAUCCAGUGGUAUCCGCGGCAUGAACGCUAAGGAUAGACUCGAGCUCUUGAUGCUCUCCAAACGCUCCGUGUCGGACCUCGCCCUCGUUAGGCCCAACUCCAAUCUGGACUCUGAUGGGCCCAUGAGGGUUAAGAUGAGGCUCCCCAAGGCCCAGUUGGACAAGCUCAUGGAGGAGAGCACCGACGGGUCCGACGUGGCGGAGAAAAUCAUAAGUUUGUACAUGGGAAACAAUGCUGGCGAGGCCGCCGGCAGUGCUGCGGCAGAGGACGGUGGCCCGAGGACGCUGCACCAUCACACUCACAAACCACGUGGGGUAUGUAUUAGUAUUUCUCUUUAUAUUUUCUUCGUUAGUUAA